GCUUGGCAACUCGGCUUCUCAAGUCGAGUCUGGUGAUGUCACACAGCUUCUUGGGGUUGUGGCCAAGCUGCAAGAACAGCUCAAGCAAGCUGCUGCUGCCAGUGCAAGCAAGAAGAAGCCAGCAGAGAAGUUGCCGGCGAUGCCUGCAGGGGAUGAAGGUGCUGGAUCAGAUGGUGCUGAUGGCUUGGAUGGAGAGGAGCUUUCUGAUGCCGAAACUCAUGAGAGUGAUGAAAAGGAAGAGGAGCAGGAAGAUGGAAAGGAAGAGGAGCAGGAAGAUGAAAUGGCAGAGGAGCAUGAAUCGGAGCAGGGAGAGGAAGAGGAUGAGCAGGAAGGGAGAGAUGAUGUCCAUGCACCCUGCCCGCCAGAGUCCAAGGAAGAUGAUGGAUCAACUAGUGAUGACGAUGAUGACUCGGCUUCGUCGGAAGCCGCUGAGGAUUCUGAGGCGGAGGAAGCUUCCUCUGCU